AAUGUGGUAGGGGUGGGUAGGAUGGCUAAGAUAAUGCUUGGUGCUCACUCGGUGAAGAGCCAUGGAUGGAAGGUGGCUCGAGAACAUCUUUGUGACUGGCUUAUUCUCGUAGUCCUCGGUCUCAUUGACAUUGUACUCAAUGUUAUCGAACCUUUUCAUCGCUACAUUGGACCAGACAUGUUAACCGAUCUCACUUUCCCAUUUAAUGAAGACACCAUCCCUAUGUGGGCUGUCCCGAUUAUUUGUAUAUUGGUUCCUAUGUGCAUCUUCAUAGUGUACUAUUUCUUUCGAAGAGAUGUGUAUGAUCUUCAUCACGCCAUUCUCGGUAUCGGAUUCUCAUGUCUUGUGACUGGAGUCACCACUGAUUCCAUCAAAGACGCGGUCGGUAGGCCAAGACCAAACUUCUUUUACCGAUGUUUCCCCAAUGGUCAACCGAAAUUUCACCCGGAUACUAAGGAUGUUGUGUGUCAUGGAGUUAAAAAGAUAAUCAAAGAAGGUUACAAGAGUUUCCCUAGUGGUCACACUUCGUGGUCAUUCGCCGGUUUAACAUUCUUGGCAUGGUACUUAUCGGGUAAAAUCAAAGUAUUUGACAGAAGAGGACACGUGGCGAAGCUAUGCCUCGUGUUCUUACCGAUACUAGUAGCAAUUCUCAUCGGAAUAACACGCGUCGACGACUAUUGGCACCAUUGGACCGACGUUUUCGUCGGAGCUAUCAUCGGACUCUUAGUCGCUUCUUUCUCUUACCUCCACUUCUUUCCUUACCCUUACGACGACAACGGAUGGGCACCACAUGCGUAUUUUAGAAUGUUGGCGGAGAGGAGUACUGGUCGAGCCACCACGACGAUGACUGGAACCAGUUCACAAGGGAUGUUGGACAAUGACGUCGAGCAUGGCGCCUCCACCUCUUCUCCUCACGAUCGCCAUCGUGAAAGCACUGAUUCUGAAUUUUGA